ACCUGCCAGAGUUAGCGGCACAUGAAAAAUGGGCCCUCAUAGAAGUAAAGACAUCGGAGAAAUGGCCAGAAACCUGGGACAACUUCCUUGAACUGUUCUUAGAACAGAAACCCCUCUGAUCUACCCACACCUACUAGUACAAUGGAGCUCUACCGACCUGCUCAGGGAGAGGUGCUGACCUUCCCAGAGUCUGGCCCGGGCCUGAGGAGGCAGAAGAGGGAUUGGUUCAUCCCGCCGAUUUUUUGCUCCGAGAAUGAGAGGGGUCCCUUCCCCAAGCCGCUGGUGCAGAUCAAAUCCAAUAAGGACAAAGAGAUGGCCGUUUUCUACAGCAUCACUGGGGAGGGAGCAGACCGCCCUCCUGAGGGCAUCUUCACCAUCGUGAGAGACACGGGUGUGCUGCAGGUGACCCGUCCACUGGACAGAGAGGUCAAAGCCAGAUAUGUGCUCUUCUCCCAAGCCGUCUCUGCCAAUGGGCAGCAAGUGGAGGACCCCAUGGAGAUCAUCAUCAAGGUGACCGAUCAGAACGACAACCGCCCAAAGUUCACCCAGAGCGUCUUCGAAGGCUCAGUCGCUGAAGGAGCCACGCCAGGUGCCCCUGUGAUGCACGUAUCGGCCACUGAUGCCGAUGACAGUGUGGAUACCUACAACGGGGUCGUCACCUACUCCAUCGUCAGCCAGGAGCCCCCUCAGCCCAACGGACACAUGUUCACCAUCAACAAUGCAACGGGGUUGAUCAGUGUGUUUUCUACAGGCCUAGACAGAGAGAGAGAGCCAAAGUACACGCUGAUCUUGCAAGCCACGGAUGACCUGGGAAGAGGCUUUGGCACUACGGGCACAGCGGUGAUCACCGUCAAGGACCAGAACGACAACCCACCAACAUUUGACCCACUCACGACGGCCGGUCCAGAGGAGACGCCCCCCGUUUCCCUGACGGUCCAUGCGCUGAACGUCCUCACCGGCCUCCCUGCCAGCGGCCUGGCCAUGCACUGCUCUGAGCUGGGCAGUGCCACAGAGAUCAUGAAGAGCACUACCAACCCCGACGGGCGCCUGGACCAGAGCAGCUCGCUCCCCCUGCGGCUGAGGGCCGGCACCUACAAGCUGCACUUCGACACUGGGGCGUAUUGGCGGCGACUGGGCCAUGCCAGCUUCUAUCCCUACGUGGAAAUUGUCUUCACCGUCACGGAGGCGGACCGGAGAGUGCACAUCCCGCUGCUGCUCAGCCCCUACUCCUACACCACCUACAGGGGCAGCUAGAGGGGGGGGAGAGGAGGCUCAAGCCCCUGGGAGGAGCAAGGCCGGCCGGAGCAGCCGGAGGGGGGCUUGUGUCCAGCUCUGCCGGGGGCUGAGCCGGGUCCUAAGUGCCUGUUAGACACGACAGCCAUUAAAAACCAGCCCUCAAGGGUG